AUGUUUCCAAUAACCGUUGAAGGGAAUGCAACAAGAACUGGUAAGCAACAAUGUACAUUCUUCCGUCUUGGGAUAAUUCUCUUUGAAGCGUUUCGUUAUGCUGUGGAUAAAGUAAACAACGAAAGCAUCCUAAAAGGAAUGACAUUAGGUUACGAUGCAUUUGAUACUUGCAGCAGAGUUGAUGAAUCUGUAAAAAUUGCCUUGAAGGUACACGAAUCCGUUGAAAAUAACUCAAAAAGAAAUAUCAGCAAAUAUAUUGCUGUUAUAGGAGCAGGAAAAAGUGAGUUGUCCAUUACAGUGAAUGAUAUUCUCGGUGCCUUUGGUAUUCCCCAAGUUGGUUAUGCUUCUUCGUCUAAGAUACUGAGUGAUAAAUACAGAUUUUCAACGUUUUCUCGAACAAUUCCAACGGAUACUUUACAAGCAAAAGUAAUUGCUAGAAUUCUCAAGCAACUAGGGUGGACCUAUGCUAUGCUCGUUUAUACCGACGACAACUAUGGGAGACCAUUAUAUUCCUCGUUACUUUCUUACUCCGAAAUGAAUGGAAUAUGUUUUGCUGACAUUUCAAAGCUCCUAAAUCCUGUCACCGACGAGAAAUUGGCUGACGUUGUCAAAAAAUUGAGAGAACACAAUACAGCUCGCGUUGUUGUCAUGUUUUUGAACGGAAUUAACUCUAAACGUUUAAUUAAAAUGGCUCGGUCAAGUAAUAUGUCAAGGAAGAUCUGGAUAUUCACAGCGACUUGGUACAAUGUACCUGAGAUAUUUGAUGCAGAAAAUGCCGAAUUUCUUGACGGUUCGAUUGGAGUUGUGGAUGAAAUCAUACAUGUGCCAAAUUUUUACUCUUAUUUUACUGCGAGACUUGCUACAUGGGAACAUUAUUUAGGUAGAAAAGUCUUGGAUACGAACGAUGAAGAGACCACAAUGAUUGGAAAAGUUAAGCAUGAUUUAACGUCCCAGUUUCGGUUUUUGACUCACGUUCCGUAUGUAAUCAAUGCUGUUUUGGCUGUUGUAAAUGCUAUCAACAAAUUCUGCACUGAGAGAUUUGCAAACUCGACGAGAGAAUGCCAAAAGAAAAUUAAAGCAAACUCUAUUCUUCCCUAUCUUAGGAACACAAAUUUUAGAGGGAUUAACAACCAGCAAGUCUUUCUGGAUAAGAAUGGUGAUACUAUAAAUAACAACAUCGAUCUUUAUUCUUUUCGAACAUCAAAGAGCGAGAACACUAGAGCACAUGUAUCUCGACAUGUACUUUUUGGCGUAUAUAACGGCACAGAGGACAAUCUUACGUUGUUUUCUAACAAGUUUAACUGGAGUGGAGGAAAAAUACCUUUAUCGAGAUGCAGUACACAAUGUUCUAAAGGAUUGUAUAAAGAUGUCAAUGUAAUUAUGCCAUGUUGCUGGAAAUGUACGAAAUGUCCGUUGGGAACAUUUAGCAAUAAAACAAAUUCUGUAAAUUGCAGAACAUGUUCGUCAGGAAAAAAACCUAAUCGCAAUCAAACUGGAUGUGAAAUGAUUUCAUACGAUUACAUGCGAUGGAAUGACCCUUGGGCUAUCGUUAUCUUAUUUUCAGCGGUGACGUCCAGUCUCACAGCGUUCAUAUUUUUCUUGAUUUUUUGUUAUUUUCGAACUACUCCAGUCGUUCGAGCAUUUGAUUGUGAAUUUAGCCUUCUUCUCCUUCUCUCUAUUGCAGUAGGACUGACACUACCCAUCAUGUACCCAGGUGAACCCAGCAACUUUCGAUGUCGUUUACAAGACGUACUUCCUGCAGUUAUUUAUUCCCUGACACUUUCAAUAAUCAUAGCAAAAACAAAGCGAACUGCCAUUAUUUUCAACAGUAAAUCUGCGGCAAAUAUUCAAAAUGUCCUAGUGCGAAGAAGUGUGCAAUUUACAUUGGUUUUGCUGUUAACAUCGACUCAACUGAUAGUAUGCCUCCUUUGGUUAAGCAGCCGUUCACCAUUUGUAAAAGAAAGGACUUUACAUGACACCCGACAUCUUGUGUGUGAUUUCAAUUCCUUGGUCUAUUUCCUUCUGAGUAAAUCUAUACUACUAUCGCUAAAUACGUGGUGUAUUGCAAUAGCAUUAAAGUCUCGCAAGAUUCCUUGCAGUUACAGUAAUUCAAAACAUACUCUGUUUGCUUUGCUCACGUUUAAACUGACAUGGCUGAUGGGAAUAGUGGGUCGAUUUUACGGUGAAUAUGGCAGCACAGUAGACUCGCUGACAAUCUUAAUUUCCUACUCAUUUUUACUGCAUCUUAUGUUUUCUUCCAAGAUUUACGUGCUGUUGUUUCGUAAAGAUUUAAAUAAUCAAAGAGUACUGCGUGAACGAACAUGGGAGUUCACAUUAAGGAAGCAAUCAACAUCUCUAAGCUCGCUACAGCUCUCAACCUCAAUGCUAGAUAUGAAGUUUCUAAAAAGAGAAAGCGUGGCUUUGUCAGACGUUGUGAAGCAGGAUAAAGGUGUGCAAACUGACAUGUGUCUCGGAACAGUUGAUGUAUUAGUUCAUGAUUCAUGA